AUGUCGGAUACUCCACCGAUUAACGUUCUCCGAACAUCACUGUUUGAACUGCAAGAUCGAAUGAGUCACCGUUGGGUACUGCAUCCGCAGUCGCAUUUCAAGACUUCUUGGGAUCUUUUAAGCGCGCUUAUUGUGGUUUACUACUCAUGGAUUAUCCCCUUCAUGCUAUGUUUCGACUGGUACGUGCCGUCUUCAAGUACAAGGUACCUUAUGAAAGUGCUUGAUUUUUGGGGUUUCGUUGACAUUGCGCUACGAUUUCGUACUGGUUUCAUUGAGUAUGGAAAUGUUGUUAUGGACCCACGUAAAAUUCGUCAAUCGUAUCUACGUUCGGUCUGGUUCCCUAUUGAUGUCGCUUCUUCGAUUCCGUUCGAGCUUUUUAUUCGAGAUACGGUGGCUAGCAUAUCGACAAGAAAAACAUUCAAAAUGAUUAAAUACGUAAAGCUUCCCCGAUUACUUCGACUUGGGCGCUUCGUCAAGUACUUAAAAAGAUACAAGCGAUACUCAAGCCUUAUGAUCUCUCUCAAUGCAAUAUUAUUCUCCGCUCACGUAGCAGGCUGUUUGUGGGUGGCCAUAUUGAAACCGUGUACUGACGCUGUCGAAGCUGCUAAGCCGCAUUGUCAAGAUGGGGGUGAGACGGAUAUCUAUAUGGUGGCAUUUCAUCAUGGUAUCGUAUCUUUGCUGGGUGUGUCAGCUGCCUAUGUAGAAGCAAACGAUCGUUUUCUUAGCGGAGGAUACGGCCAUGAUGUAAGUGAGGAUCUGAACGGGACUAUUUAUUUCUGGUCUAGCGCAGUGUCGAUAUACGGCAUGAUCUUGACAGCUAUUCUUUUCGGCACUAUCAUAGGUCUUGUCCAAAGCUGGGAUAGAGCCGAAAAUGUGUUCUGGAAAAAAAUGGAUCAAGUGUCUCACGAAAUGGACGCAUUGUGUUUACCAAAGCCAUUACGAGCUCGAGUGAACGCUUUUUACGACUAUCUGUGGUUGAAUAAUCGCGCUUUAUCGGAGCAACUGAAUUUAUUGCACGACCCGGGAAUGUCGAUGACACUCAGACGACAGAUUGCUAUCUAUUUGUUUAAGGAUAAUUUACAAAAGAUUCCAUUCUUUCAGUUGGCCACCGAUGCUGUUUUAGGAAUGAUCUGCAUGCAGCUGCAUCAAAUCAUCUACAUGCCCGACGAUUUUAUAAUUCAUGAAGGUGAGAUUGGUAAGGAGCUUUUCAUGAUUGUCAAAGGCAUUGUACGUGUACUACCGCCGAAAAAUUGCAAGUCUCCCGAAGAUGAAACAGUCAUAUUAUUAAGUGAGGGGGACUUUUUUGGUGAAAUUGGCGUGGUAAUGGAGGUCGAACGUACCCGCAGUGUGAAAGCCGAAUGUAUGGCAGAGCUAUGCGUUCUUGCUCGAGAAGGCUUUGAAAAAAUUUUGGUCGAGUUUCCGGAGUUUGCCAUCGCAAUGAAAAAGCUUAUUGUGAAGCGUGUUGGCGAGAUGUGGAAGGACAAUGGUCCGGAGCGUAUGGAAAAGAUGACGAUACUCGCGGAUACUAAAAUGAAAAGAGCCAUACAAACCUAUAAAAACAUGGAGAAGCUACGCACCAAAACUAGAGCCCUGGCAACUUUCCGUCCACGACUGUCAAAACUUCUUAAUUCAGAUGAAAGCUUUUUACCGCAAGAAGCUUCACAAAAUUAUAAAAGUGGACCGACGGAUGAAAUCAUCGCUGUUGCUACUGCGGUGGCUUCUUCAAAUAUUAUUGACAGUCUAAAAGGUGGGUCUUUAGACAAUUUUCAGCGAAGCACAAUCACGGAAACCAGCAUUGACGAGACAGAAACCCCGCAUGAAAACAGAAAAAAUGAUUUGAAGUCCGAAAGUAAUGAUAACAAUGGCAUUGCCGUUUCUGGGGCUAUUCACCUGGGGUCACAACGUCCUUUGAUCUCAAGGACUUCAACACGUACAUUCUCACUUCAAUUAAACCAGCUAGAGAAGAGAUUGGAAUCAGUCGAGCAGAGGCUUGAAACAAGAAUGACACAAUUAGACAACACGCUCGAGCAGAUAUUACAUCUCUUGAUGCCAUCUGCUAAAGCAAGCUCGUCGCCUCGUAUAGUCUGA